AAUCCUUACUGAUUGUUAAACUUAAAAGGUUGUUACUUUGUGCUUCACGUUUGUAGGUAUGACACAGUGAAAGGCAGUGAUUGGCUAGGUGAUCAGGAUGCUAUUCACUACAUGACUGAAGAGGCACCCAAGUCAGUGAUUGAGCUUGAAAAUUAUGGAAUGCCAUUCAGUCGCACAGAGAAAGGUGAAAUUUAUCAACGUGCAUUUGGUGGUCAGAGUUACAAUUAUGGCAAGGGUGGUCAGGCACACAGAUGUUGUGCUGUUGCUGACAGAACAGGCCACUCUCUGCUUCACACUUUGUACGGACAGUCCUUACGAUACAACACAGAGUAUUUUGUGGAGUAUUUUGCUUUGGAUCUUCUCAUGGACAAAGGAAAGUGCAUUGGUGUGAUUGCAUUGUGUCUUGAGGAUGGCUCACUACACAGAUUCAGGGCAAAGAACACUGUCAUAGCAACAGGUGGAUACGGUCGGGCAUAUUUCUCCUGCACAUCAGCACACACUUGCACUGGAGAUGGAACAGCUAUGGUAGCAAGAGCGGGCCUCCCUAACCAGGACAUGGAAUUUGUCCAGUUUCAUCCAACAGGAAUUUAUGGGGCUGGUUGUCUAAUUACUGAAGGAAGCAGAGGAGAGGGAGGCUAUCUAAUCAACAGUGAGGUAUUGUGUGCAGUUGCUUAUCAUAGGCAAUAGAUUGUAUUCUUUUAGAUGCUAUGCAUACAGCUGGAAGUACAUCUACAUGUUUGUGAU